GGCGGUGAGUUCGAGACAGUGAGCAGUUUGAACCGUCGCUGUGCUGAGGCGGAAAUAUUAAAAAUUGGCAAAUUGUUCAUAGAUAGGGUGGAAUUAAACGGUGCUAUAUACAUUUUUGAAUAGAAAAUUUAUAUAAUCACCUGUCAAAAAGUAGAGAAACGGUAGGGAUUUCUGUUGCCGACUACUGAGGAGGUAAAGCCGGUCUCGCGCAAAGUGCAUCGAUCCCUCCUCCUGAGCUAACCGCUAGUUAGCCGUUGAGCUAACGUUUGUGCUAGCCGGAACACAGAGCCAGCUAAUCCUCAACACAAAGGACGACUUCUCUACUGUUCCUUAUAUCGAACCAGAAUAUCCCCAUUGAAUGAGGACUGGUUCUCCUGCACAGGUCUAUCAUGGUGCUGACAGGGAAGCGCUCGGAGAAAGGUCCUGCCUGCUGGAAGAGGAGGGUGAAGUCUGAGUACAUGAGACUACGGCAGCUCAAACGCUUCAGACGGGCUGAUGAGGUCAAGAGCAUGUUUAACACCAACCGCCAGAAAAUCAUGGAGCGGACUGACAUUUUGAACCAGGAGUGGAAGACCAGGAGAAUCCAACCGGUUCACAUCAUGACGUCUGUCGGCUCUCUUAGAGGAACCCGAGAGUGCACAGUGGACAGCGGGUUCUCUGAGUUCCCCAGGCAGGUCAUCCCUCUGAAAACCCUCAACGCUGUGGCUUCAGUCCCAGUCAUGUACUCCUGGUCACCCCUGCAGCAGAACUUCAUGGUGGAAGAUGAAACAGUGCUCCAUAACAUCCCCUACAUGGGAGAUGAGAUUUUGGACCAGGAUGGGACUUUCAUAGAAGAGCUAAUCAAGAAUUAUGAUGGAAAAGUCCACGGUGACAGAGAGUGUGGUUUUAUCAACGAUGAGAUAUUUGUGGAGCUGGUCAACGCUCUGUCUCAGUACAGCGACAAUGAAGAUGAUGAUGAGGAUGAAGAACAGGACUUCAAAGUAGACAAGAUGGAGAUGUGCGAUGGCAAGGAGCAUCCAGAGGACACCCGUAAGGACGGUCUCAUUAACAGUGAGAGUCGAACUAGCAAUGACAGCAACAAGAAGUUUCCCUCUGACAAGAUCUUUGAAGCUAUUUCCUCCAUGUUUCCAGACAAAGGCUCCACAGAGGAGCUCAAAGAAAAAUAUAAGGAGCUCACAGAGCAGCAGCUGCCCGGCGCUCUGCCUCCUGAAUGCACGCCAAACAUCGACGGUCCGAACGCUCGCUCUGUGCAGCGGGAGCAGAGCCUUCACUCCUUCCACACUCUAUUCUGCAGACGCUGCUUCAAAUAUGACUGCUUCCUUCACCCUUUCCACGCAACUCCAAACACUUACAAGCGCAAGAACCUUGAGAACCUGGUGGACAGUAAACCCUGCGGCAUUGACUGCUACAUGUACCUGGUUCAGGACGGGAUGGUAAAUGAGUACCCUGCAGGCGUAGUGGCAGAACGAGCCAAAACUCCCUCUAAACGAACGGUGGGCCGCCGCCGUGGUAGACUCCCUAACAGUAACAGCCGACCAAGCACCCCGACCGUUUCCUCAGAAACCAAAGACACAGACAGCGACCGUGAGGGAAGCAAAGAGGAUGAGCGAGACAACGACAAAGACGAUGAUGACAAGAAGGAUGACAACACCAGCAGCUCAGAGGGUAACUCUCGGUGUCAGACUCCAGUGAAGAUGAAGCUGACUGGUGAAGCCGAAGCUGUAGACUGGAGCGGGGCAGAAGCUUCUCUCUUUAGGGUUCUCAUCGGGACGUACUAUGACAACUUCUGCGCUAUCGCACGACUCAUCGGCACCAAAACCUGCAGACAGGUUUACGAGUUCAGGGUCAAAGAGUCGAGUAUCAUCGCUCGAGCUCCCGCUGAAGAUGAAGACACGCCACCCCGAAAGAAGAAGAGGAAACACAGACUGUGGGCUACCCACUGUAGGAAGAUCCAGCUGAAGAAAGAUGGCUCUUCCAACCAUGUUUACAAUUACCAGCCAUGUGACCACCCUCGGCAGCCCUGUGACUCCUCGUGUCCCUGCGUCACAGCCCAGAACUUCUGUGAGAAGUUUUGCCAGUGCAGCUCUGAGUGUCAGAACCGGUUCCCAGGCUGUCGGUGCAAAGCUCAGUGUAAUACCAAGCAGUGUCCGUGCUACUUGGCAGUGAGGGAGUGUGACCCCGACCUCUGCCUGACCUGUGGUGCUGCAGAACACUGGGACAGCAAAAACGUGUCCUGCAAGAACUGUUCCAUUCAGAGGGGGGCUAAAAAGCAUCUUCUCCUCGCUCCGUCAGACGUGGCAGGUUGGGGCAUUUUCAUCAAAGAGCCGGUACAGAAAAACGAGUUCAUCUCUGAGUACUGUGGAGAGAUAAUCUCUCAGGAUGAAGCUGAUCGCCGAGGAAAGGUCUAUGAUAAAUACAUGUGCAGUUUCCUCUUCAAUCUCAACAACGAUUUUGUUGUUGAUGCCACGAGGAAAGGAAACAAGAUCCGCUUCGCCAAUCAUUCUGUAAACCCCAACUGCUAUGCAAAAGUGAUGAUGGUGAAUGGCGAUCACAGAAUAGGAAUCUUUGCUAAGAGAGCCAUCCAGACCGGAGAGGAGCUCUUCUUUGACUACAGGUACAGCCAGGCGGACGCUCUGAAGUACGUGGGGAUUGAACGAGAGAUGGAGAUUGCUUGACUCUGACUUCUACCUCCUGUGGAUCAACAACACAAAGGCCUUACACACUCAAACACUCACACGUUCACUUCAGGAAAUCCAGACGACUCGUCAACACGUUCGAGAGCUUCAGGAAAUCUGGGAAUAUUUGAAGCAGAGUUUUGAUGCUUUUUUUCUAUAAACACUUUUCAUAUCCGUUUCUGAAUUUUCUUCUUGUGAUUUUUCUUCUGUCGACAAAUCUUCCUCUCCUCGGAUUCAUGAAUCUUCCUCAGCUGGUGGUGAACAUCACUGAUGAACUGCUUUAGUGUUUUCUUAAAUAUCUGAACGGCGAGAGGAGACAAACCCCCGACAGUCUGUUCACUCUUCAGGGACCAAAAAUCCUCCACCAGCCGCUCUCUAUCACACCGACCGGACUCAUGUUAACGGUGUGGUUUUACACGGCUUGAAGUGAAGCAGCUGCACACUUCAGAGUGCCACAUCACUGUCUGUAACACAGGAGGCCGCGUACACAGCAGUGUCACCAAAUCAGCUUUUAUUUUCACAUCCAGUAAGGGCUGCAACUAAAUGGUUAUGUUUAAGUUUGAAGGCAGCAAAAGUAGUGGGCCCAAUUUGGAAACGCUGCAGACAAAAUUCAAUCGGUCCUUAUUUUGUUGGUGUAAAUCAAAAUCAUUUUUAUGCAAUCAGCUUGUCCCUUAUUCUCAACGACUUAUUCUUCCCUCAUGCCAAUCACCGCUACGGCUGUUGCAAAUCUGGUACUUCAAUAUUAAUGUGUUGCUGAUGAAAAUGAGAGGAAACUCCUCAUGAGCCUCUAUGAAACUGAUCUCAGUAUCGAUUGAAAUAACCACAAUUGUUCAGCCAAAAUCCUGGUUUAAAAAACCUAACUAUAUUAAUUAGUGUUUUGAUAGUAUGGCAACUAAAUUAGGGGUCCUGAGCACCCAAUGUUAGACAUCAUCAAUUCUCAAAGAAAGGCAGGUUGUCAGUUUACAGCCAGACCACAUAUUACAACCAGGGUCAUGGUUUGCAUUAAGAAAAAAGGGCUGGGGCACAGAUGGCCUAGGGGUUAGAUUGCACCCCGUGUACCGAGUGGCCUGGGUUCAAAUCCGCCAUGUGGCUCUUUCACUGCAUGGCAUUCCCUACUCUCUCAUCUCUGGUUCUGGCUCCAUCUACUGUCCUAUCUCUUUCUCUUAAAGAAAAAUAAAGGCCAGAAAAAAAUCUUAAAAAAAGGAUGAAAUAAAGGUCGACCCCUUUUAUUGUCCAGGGUGUUAUCAGUAGUUAACAUGCUAAUUCCUGUAUGAUUUUAUUUAAAACAGCAAAGCUUUCAAUGCUUUAAACAUGGCAGAAAUCCAUCUGACCAGUCAGAAGCAGUUGGUCAGGCUGCAGUCAGGUCAUGGUCGGCUGUCGUGUCUCCAAAUACACUGCUCAACAAAUGAUGCACACUCAGAUAAAGUCGGCACGACUUCCAAGUGAGUUAUGCUACUCAAAAUUCCUGUCUGAAUUGGAUGAAAAUCGCAGUGUAUGCCAGGCUUUUCUUAACUUUAGAGGCUGUUACACAUGAUCCUAUUCAGCCAAUCAAAUCUUUACGCAGACCAGGUGUGCAAGUGAAGAUGGUUUCGAGUGUUCUGCAUUAUCAUUUUUCGUUUUGUUCAGCUAAGUCAAACAAUGCAAAGCCAUAGUAAGAAAGUGUAACUCUCAGCCUUCCUCCAUGGACCUUUCUGUGACGCUAGACGCUGGAAAACUUUCCCCUUUUAUUGCUUUGUCCAUAGAUAAUCACUAUUUAGUGUGCACGAGAGAGGACAGAAAAGACGAGAAGAAAGUCCGCUGAUACGUCCCUCUAUUAAACCCGCUGACUGAGCUGUGAGACCUUCAAGUUUUUAUGUCUUUGCUUUAAAAAUCAGUAGUAGUCCUGAACUCGAAUAAGGCGCUACAUGUCAUCACACUGGAUUAAUGUGCUGAUUGUUUAAGUUAAGUCGUUAGAUGUCCUCUUAAAUACAUGGAAGGUACUGAUCAUUACAAGUCUGUACAGUGUUAACAAAGAACAGCUGAGAUAAAGAAGCUGGAAUCAGGGUCAUUUGCAUUUAUGCCUCAUAACAGUAAAUUUUUUUUCAACUUAUUACUCUUGAAUUGUGAAUUUCAGCGCCUUGAGAUUCAAAGCUGUCUGAAUGUCUCUGCCUUUUGCUCUCAGUUUGAUCUGCAUGCAUUUGAUUUUACUUCCAGCUAUAAAAUGUCAAUAGUAGUCUAACAGUAAAGCAUAAACUAAGGCAGAGAACAAAAUUUGAAUGUUUUAAGUUUGCCGUUUGUUUGAGGAAUGAUCCAAACCCUAAAGAUUUCACCUGAGAGAAGCUUUCUUUCAUAGAAGUUGAAAAUGUUAUAUUCUUGGAAUUUUUCUUCAUAUUAAUGUCAUGAUGCUUCCUGACUCCCCUGAGUGUUUUUCUCAUGUAAAAACACCACAAACAUGUCACCCAGGUUGGCAGGAAAUUCAUUAUUUGCUCUUUGAUAGAGGUCAAGUUGAGAAAAAAUCCUCUAUUUUGGAUGUGAUGGUGACUCUGCUCUGUGACGCUGCCUCCUCUUCAGGUGCUAAACUACAGAACCAGCACUGCUUCAACAUCGCAGGAAACUCCCCACAGUUUUUAAGUGGUGUGUCUGCGUGUCGUUGGAGUUUCCUGCGGUGAAAACUCGCUGCUCUCCUCUGUGAGCAGCUCUGCUUUUACCAAACUCAACCAAAAACCCAAACAAACAUAUGAAGGCUUUUUUCAUUCAUUUAUUCAUGUUCCUCCCUGAUGCUCUCAGCAGCACCAUGCUCUACUCAUGCUGACUCUGCUCUUUCUUGAGGAUGUUUUUAUCAAACGCUGCAGCAGAAAGUGACACCUUUAAAAGGUCAAUUUUCUCUGAUUUAUUACUUAAAAACUCCGCAGAUUGAUUUAGAGUUGUUAAAAUAGUAACGCGGCGGUCUGAGUAGAGCACACAAAACACUUAACUGAAACUAUUAAAUUUUCCUGAGUUGUUUUAACCUCUCA